ACAUAGAUCCUUUGAGCGGGUUUUUAGAUCCUCUUCGGGCAGUCCACCUCUACGCCAUGCAGUCGUCCUGCCGCCCAGGCCUUGGUGCACCUCGCCACCAGUAUCAACAACCCGGCUAUCCCCGCAAGACCAACAUGCAGACCCACGACAAUAACGACGAGGCGAACGAACAUGAUUACGAAUACCCACAACCCCCGAUGCACUUACACGUACCGCCUCAAGGUCACGGACCCACCCUUCAUCUCAGGUUUACGGCGGCACCGACAUUUGUACCUGCUCAGGGGCGAUACGAUAGCCAAGGAAGGCUCAUCGAGGAUACCUUUACGGAUACGGAUGGGGUACGCAAAGAGGGGGAGAAGAAGGGCAAGACAGGGAGGGAGGGAGUGAUGGAUUUCUGGAAGGGAUUGGAUUUCGGGGUGGGGCCUGUCGCUUCAGGCUCGGGGUCGGGUUCAUUGUCAGGGUCACCUUCGACGACGAAAUCCGCCACAGUCUCUUCACCUUCCCAGAAUCGCUCUUCCUCCAGACCACCUAUAUCAUCAAAGAAGCUCGGACCAACAUCGGAACCCAAAAAUUUGGUGGUACCUCGAUCGGAGUGGUUUAUCCGGAAAGCCCUGCUUGCGAAAGCUCGGAAGGAAGCCGAAGCUAAGGCUCUGGACGAGGCUGAAGCCCGGGUCAAGGCUGAGGGUGGCUUCGAAGCAGAACAAGAACGAGAGGUCGGAGGCGAGGAGGAAGUCAAACGAGAAGACGAGGAUCGGGGUCGUAUUGGAGUUCCCUCCAGCUCUGUACCCCGUUCGUCCACAUCGAAAUCAGCAUUAGCAUCAGCAUCAGCAUCGACCUCAAACCCACGGCCAAACUCCUCAUCGCUAGCAUCACUCCUCAACCUUCCACCCCCUGGUACAGCCCCGCCCGCACCCCCGACGCACUUUCAUAUACGUCCAGAUAAUGUUGGAUGGAGGCUGUUACAAAAGGGAGGCUGGAGCGGGACGGGCGGGUUGGGCAGGCCCGACGGGUGGGAAGAGGCGAGGGAUAGAGUCAAGGUUGAGGAAGGGGAAAGGUUGCGGGUGAAGAGGGAGCUGAAUCACGAGGAAAAUAGCGAGGGAGAUGCGCAAGCUGGGAAGAAGGCGGAGGUGAAGGUGAUUGAUGUCGACGAGAUCAUCGACCUGACCGAGCUGGACGAGGACGACGACGAUCACGAAGUCCGGCCCAUCGACGUAGAUGCAGAUGACGCGGGACCGACCAGGUUUGGAGAACAAGAACUCGUCCUCGCCGACCUGGCCGAACGCUCAGCCUCCUCUCUCGACAACCUGGUCGGACCCGGUCGAGUCGCCCCAGUGGCGACGUACCUGAAGAACGAUCUCGCUGGAAUCGGGCAUGUUCCGCAACAUCGUCGGACGAUGCUCAAGCCCCAUACGCAGACAUCAGGUCAAGCUGGGGCGAAAUCGGAGACGAGGAGGAAGAAGGUCACCCACACUCUAGCCGACAUUCGGGCUAUGCAGAGGGGUAAAGUCGUACCCGGGUUGAGCGAGGAGGAUCUGGAAAAGCGCCGUCGAGGACGUGCUAAGAGGGAGGCGAAUCGGGAUAGGGAGGAGAGGAAGCGGUGGAUGCAGGUCAUCUCGGCUUGAGAGUGGCUGGUUCGAGCACACGAUCACGAGAGGAGACUGAAGCUAAGCGACGAUGAGCAUGGUCUACUUCUCGUAGCAUUAGGGUUCAAACUAUUGUAGAUAAUGGCGGUCAAUCCACCUGUAUGCGCCAAUACGAAUGUAGACACAGUACUCGAGUACCAGACCGGAAUCGUCGAGUUUCACUUGGACCUGUUGUAAGGAGAUAAGGAGACCGGGGGCGACGCGUAUACAAGAUGG